ACAAGUGUUUAGAUUCUCAUCUCUAUCCUCUUUAAACAAUGCUGAGGUUGAAGGGAACCUUGGUUUCCCCAUUUUCCUUUUUCGCAGUUUUCAGCAUUAUUCUUGCUUCCCCCACCUUCCUCAGUGUCGAAUCUUAUUCACAUCGCCAUGCUUCCACCGUGGGUCAGUUGGUUCUUAAGCACGACAGGAAGCUCUUAACUCAGACAGAACAUGGAGAAAUCUCAGCCGCUAUAGUCACUGAUGGAACAAAAGGCCCAUACCAUCUUCAAUUCAUCACCCUGGAGCCUAACUCCGUUUUUCUUCCGGUUCUGCUACAUGCAAACAUGGUUUUUUUCGUCCAUACAGGGAGUGGGACUUUGAGUUGGACUGAUGAUGAUGAUAUGAGGGAUGUGAACCUUCGGAAAGGGGAUGUAUAUAGGUUGCCUGAAGGAUCGGCUUUCUAUGUACAAAGCAGCUUAGAGGCUGAAAGAGAGAAGCUUAGGAUUUAUGCUAUCUUCACUAACUCAGAAGAUGACAUAUAUGAGCCAUCCAUUGGGGCAUACUCAAGCAUUACUGAUGUGGUUCUCGGCUUUGAUACCAGAGUCCUCCAAGCAGCUUUUAAGGUACCCGAGGAUUUGAUAGAAAUAAUGAGAGCAAGCAAGCCACCUGCUAUAAUUCAUGCAGUGCAAAAGGAGGGGAAGAUGUUAGUGGAAUGGCAAGCUCGACUCUUGAAAGCCUUUCUAGGGGGCAAUAGGGAUGGCUUCUUCCAUUCUAUCAAUGGCAAGAAGACGAAGAAGAAAAUGAGAGCAUACAAUGUUUUAGAAGCAGAUCCAGAUUUCGAGAACUGUAACGGGUGGAGCCUAACAGUGGACAGGAAAGACUUGCAUAUAUUGAAACAUUCCAACAUUGGACUUUUCAUGGUGAACUUGACAAAGGGUUCAAUGAUGGCGCCACAUUGGAAUCCAAGAGCUUCCGAGAUAGCAAUAGUGUUGCAGGGUCAGGGGAUGGUUCGGGUGGUUUGUUCAAGCAAUUCCAAGGAAUGUGAGUGCAGGGACAUGAGGUAUAGAGUGAGGGAAGGCGAUAUAUUUGCGGUGCCAAGGUUUCAUCCAAUGGCUCAGAUGUCAUUCAACAAUGAUUCUUUUGUUUUCAUGGGGUUUAGCACAUUAACAACAAAGCGAAACCAUCCUCAAUUUCUAGUGGGGAAGAAGUCUGCGCUAAGGAUCAUGGAUAAACAGAUAUUGGCUUUGUCUUUCAAUGUCUCCAACGCAACAAUCGAUCAGCUUCUAAAACCACAGAGAGAAUCGGUGAUAUUAGAUUGUACAUCGUGUGCGGAGGAAGAAGAAAGAUUGAUGGUGGAGGAAAUUGAAAGGGAAAGGAAGGAGGAGGAAGAGGAGGCCAGAAAGAGAAGAGAGGAGGAAGAAGCUAAGAGGAAAGAGGAAGAAGAGGCCCAAAAGAGAAGGGAAGAGGAAGAGGAGGCCAGAAGGAGAGAGGAAGAGGAAGAAGCUAAGAGAAGGGAAGAAGAGGAGGCCAGAAGGAGAGAGGAAGAGGAAGAAGCUAAGAGAAGAGAAGAAAAAGAGGCCAGGAGGAGAGAGGAGGAAGAAGAAGCUAGGAGGGAAGAGGAAGAGGAGGCCAGAAGGAGAGAGGAAGAGGAUGCUCGGAGGAGGGAAGAGGAAGAGGGAGCUACCAGAAGGGAGACAAAGAAGAGAAGAGAAGAAGAAGCAAGGAGAGAGCAAGAGGAAGCUUGGAAACAGGAAGAAGAAAGGCAAAGGAGAGCAGAAGAAGCCGCAGCAAAGGGUUGGAGGGAGAGGGAGAAACAAAGAGGGCAACCAGAGGAAAAAGAAACGGAAGAAGGUGGCGACGAGGGCCCUAACCGAAGAAGGGCUGCGAAGAAAGUGUGGUUGAUUUAGUCUUAAUCCAUUCGCAGAUGGUUUUGCAGUAGUGAAUAAGAUCUGCCCUACUAUGCUAUCAAGUCUAGGUUAUUAGAUUCCAUGUUUAGCGUCUGUGAAAAGCUUUCUAAAUCUAUGGUUUUUUUGGGUCUUGAUCUUAAAUAAGCUCUUUGGCUUUCUUUCA